AUGCAAUUCAAUCGACGCUCCAAAGACGAUUACCUUAAUGUCUAUGCCAACAAACUCCUAGCAAAGGCAUCCAAUAUUCAUAUGAAACCCAGCGAAUUUUAGGCUCCAGCCAGGAGAAAGAGCUUGAUUGAUUCUUAUGUACAUUCCUUAAAUAAUGAAACAGAUCAAGGGACUGAUAGAAUUAAAAAAUCAAUCAUCGAAAAAAAUAGAUCAUGCAGCAAUUUGCAAGAUUAUUAAGAUGAAUACAAUGGAUCACCUCAAUAAUUACAAUCUUCAUAAUAAUUCACCAUAAUGAAUCAGAACUCCAAACUUAUGAUGCAUAAGAUUGAAAAGAAGUUAAAAAACUUUAAGUUUGCCAAAGAAAAUAAUCACAACUCUUGUACCUCUACAGUGGCCAAAAUGAAAUGUUUCUGCUUAGAUAACCAAUGCUUUGAUUUCUAUCGUUGUACCGAUCUCCUACUACUUAAAUACUUAAUUUAUGUACUGCUUCAAGAAAUCAAUUCAAAAAAUGAAAACUCUUCUUCUUUCUAAGAUUAAAUUUUACCAUCUCAAAAAAAUGAAAUCAAAGAUACAAUUGCAGCCAUGCAAAAUACUGUUGAUGUCCUAAAGAACCAAAAACUUUUUGAUAAGAAUAACGGCAACCCUAUUGAAGAUCUAAGUAGGCAAAUUAAAAAGAUCCAAAAUUCAAUAGGGUCACAACAAAUAUCAUCCUCUAAUUAUGAUGUGUUCACCACUCCUUAAUCGAGUAUUAAAUAAAGGGAAUUUGUCUUUUAAUCAUCAAGUGCCACAUAAAAAAGAGAAUAAUAAUAUUAGAAUUCACCAUCUAUUAGUUCCUAAAAAAUUAUCCAAUUUUAAAUCGAUGAAUUGCAAAUGAAAAAUGAGGCCAUUACCAAAUUAACCUCUAAAAAUAAUGAUCUAGAACUAGAACUUAAAAUGGUUAAUAAUUAACUGACUGAAGCCUUAAUGAAUCUAUCAAUCUCACAAAAGUAGUUAUCAAAUAAAGAUUAAGAACUCAAAGGUCUAAUAAGGAAAACUGAAAAGUUGUUAGAAACAACCAGUAUAGCCGUUAAAGAGAAAGAUCAACUCUAAGAUUAUUAUAAAUCUGUCAGGAAUGAUCAUGAACAACUAAAAACCAAGUUUGAUGAUUUAUAAAAGUCCAAUUAAAGUGUUUUAAAUGAAUGCACAAUUUUGAAAAAAUCACUAAAUGACUCAGUUGAAUCAUCCCAAUAGAAAAUAAAAAACGAGGAAUAAAAAUUAUAACAGGAUUUGAUUCAAAAAAACAAACAAAUAAGAUAAUUGUCUGAAGAUGGCAAAAUAUUGGGUCAAUACUUGAAAGAUAUUUCGUCUAAAAUUUAGUAGGUUCCUUCUGAUUAAAUCCCAUAAAAUCUCUAAAUUUUGUAGAGGGAAUUAUAAUAAAAGGAAAGUUUUAUCAAUUCCAAAUUAAACAAUAUGCAUCUUGCCUAAAUUGAUCUCGCAAAAUCAAACAAUGCUAAUAAUAAGGAUAAAAAAUCCAGAAAAUUCAUGAGUUCCCACAAUUAACUAAUAGAUUAAUUAUAGUCAUUUUAAGUAAAUUCUGAUAUGAUAGCAAUGAUGAUAGUGUAAAGUGAGGUUAUUGAGAAGUUUAUAAAUUGA